AGAUGCUUACUACAGCUGUUUAUAACUGCAUGCGUUCAUGACAGUUUAAUGACAGCUGACAGUUCGUGACAGGUAAACAAUGCAAGCAGCGUUCGUGAUAUAAAUUCUGAUAUACAGAGUGAGGCAAAUAAAAUGUCUCCUACAACUUCAAUAUGAGCUCGCAAGAAGAUAAUUUAAAUUCUUUGCAUAAAGUGUACAAAAAUGAUCCAACUUUAUUCAUUAAUUAUGUCGGAAAAGAGGUUAAGAUAACGACGAAGGAUGAAUAUGUUUACUGUGGUAUUGUUUAUACAAUUGAUCCGGUAUCGGAAAGCGUUGUGCUCUUACAAUCAGAAACACCUACGGAAUAUCGUUUGAAGAUAAUAUUCGAUCAUGUCAUUAAGAAUAUCGAAGCAGUAUCGAAAACGAUAAAAAUCAUACCAGAAUUAUUCCUGCCUGCAAAACUUUCACAAACGAUGGUUACUAAAAGGAAGAAUAUCAUUAUGCAAUUAUUAUUGGAUAAUCGAUUUCUGGUCAAAGAAGAGAAUGAUAUCCUGUUGAUUGAAGAUAAUGUAUCAAUAGAACCUCCAUAUUACCCAGAAAAUUGCAGGUGUACUAACAGUAUUAUUCUUACCAAAAUACAAAAUAUUUUAAUGCAUGUAAAUGUUGAAUAAAAUCAAUUACGCUCAAUAAAAUACAAAAUUAUGUUCCAA